CUAAUUGCGCGUGAGGAGGCCGAAGGCGAUGCCAAAAAGCUACGGGAGGAGUCUCGAAGACUGAAGAAAGAGGUCGAGGAGGGUAAGGAUCGCGAGAGGAGAGUCGGGAAGAGACUCGAGGUAGUUAUGGAGGAGUACACAAACUUCAAAGAAAGUCAUGCAUCACAGUCUGCGAUUUACGAAAAGGAAGUGCGCAAGGCGAGGAAAGAGGCAUUCAAAUCAUCAUCGGCAGUGGUAAAGCUCCAAGAAGAACUGAAGGGUGCGCGCAGCACGCUCCGUGUCGCGCAGUCCACGCUUGACAUGGAAAAACGAAAAACGCAGCAGCGGGACCAAGAAACAUUCGACGCACAAUACAAGCUGGUGUCCAUGCAGGAAGAGCUUGAGCAGCUUCAAUUGCGCUUGCAGAUUGUUGAAGAAGAACGCGAAGCUCUGAAGAAGAACCUGCAGGAAGAAGAAGUCGCCAGGAUCGCGGCAGAAGGCAGGAUUGCACUCCCGGUCUCCCCACAAGGCGACGAUGAGCUCCUCCUGCGCUCGCCAGUGAGACGCUCG